AGCCAAUGAGCGCGGGGGCGGGAGGGGGAGACGUCCGCGUGCGCGGAGGGAUCUGGCGGCCGAAAAAUGGAUGAUGAUGAUGAUGACAUUCCCCAGCUUUCAUCCCAUACGUUGGCUGCCCUCCAGGAGUUCUAUUUGGAACAGCAGCAGAGAGAGGGCAUAAAGACCUCCCAAGGGUUUAAUCAAUAUUCCAUUGGCUCAAUAGAAGAAGACUGGCAACUGAGCCAGUUUUGGUACAGCGAUGAAACUGCGUCAUGCCUGGCUAACGAAGCGGUUGUGGCAGCUGGAAAAGGUGGCAGAAUUGCAUGUGUUAGUGCACCAAGUGUGUACCAGAAACUGAAAGAACAGGAUGGUAAAGAUUUUUCCGUGUGUAUACUGGAGUACGACAGAAGGUUUUCUGUAUAUGGAGAAGAAUUUAUCUUCUAUGAUUACAACCAGCCUUUGAACUUACCUGAAAAUCUCCUGCCACACAGUUUUGACAUCGUAAUAGCAGAUCCACCCUAUCUGUCUGAGGAAUGUCUUCAAAAAACUGCAGAGACCAUCAAAUACUUAACAAAAGGAAAGAUUCUGCUUUGCACAGGUGCGAUCAUGGAGGAACAGGCAGCAAAGCAUCUUGGUGUGAAGAUAUGCAAGUUUAUUCCGAAACACUCACGAAAUCUAGCCAAUGAGUUUCGAUGUUAUGUGAAUUAUGCUUCUGGACUGGACUGAUUCUCCUAAGAAGAUCUACAACUUUUUCAGUCCAGCUCCUUUCCGUUUUUUAUCAGUGACUCCACAUUUCUCAAUGCUGAAAUAUUCAGCUCCAAGUACUGAUUUCUGGGCUAACUUUAAUCAACAUGGUGUGAUAGCCUCUAUCUUUUAAAUGUGUAAGCAUUUGCAGUUACGGUGUUUUGUAUCUCACCUAUUAGGUAAAUGGGGACCAAACAAUGCAGGUGCUGGAUAAUGGGAACUUCUCUGUCAGAGUUUCAUUCUAGAUGUUAUUUUUUACCAUUCAAGGACUCUUCUUUGACCUCUCUGAAGUCAUUUUACCUGGUUGGUUCAUAACAACACAUAGGUGCUUGUCUCACAGACAUCAGAAUUGUCAUUGCAUCAGAACUGAUGAGUUGGUAGCUAGUGGAUGGUUGAAAGAGCACGAGUGAUGGUCUCCUUUCAGUCUUGAGAGAUGCUCCCUUAGUAUUGUUCUAAAAGUGUCAUGUUUUCAGAGUCAUUAUCCAGCAGGCUGAUGUUUUCAUAAAGGAUAACUAGAAGAGAAAAUAGGGGAGGCCUCUGCAGUUGCUUUUAAUAAUAAUCAGAACUACCUCCCAGUUGCCAAGUAAGAUAAGACUUGCUAUCCACUCUUGUUGCCAGACUGGCUUUUUAAAAACUUGUGGUUAUUAGUUCACUUUUUCUCUAAAGCCUUAUCACAAACCCAGACUUCCUUUUUGUAAAAGAUCCAUUUUGUCAUUGCUUACCAUCAUAUAAACUUGUGUAUGUAUGUAUGCUGUACUAGAGAAAAAGUAACGUAAGUUAAAUGUCUCUUUGCAGAAGUACAGGGCAUUUAUUUUGUGAUGCUUAUAUGUUAAUGCAACAGAAAAUCACGAGCUUUUAAAAAAACACAAACUGGGCUUUUGUAUUUAUUAUUUAAGCUAAUCUCCAGAGGUGGUAUAAACCUGAUGUCUCCUUGAAAAAAGCACAAUAAUGAUUUCCCCAUUGGAGAGAUCUUUACUUUCAUUAAUAAUCCUAUACAUUAGAGAGGCCAAAUCACCUGAAAUACGAAGUAAUUACUGAAUAAGAAUGCAACACAUUGGCCAUCCUUGCACUAUGCUUCAGACUGUUCAUGGGUUCUCACUUUGAGUUACUCUUACUGUUGGUUAUGAGAUACUUCUGUAGUAAUGUGACCCAUACAUGUUAGUCCUUUACAUCUUGAAUCAUAAGGGAUCUGAUUAAAUAUAGUGCCUGCUUUUUAAGAGAUUUCACUAUCAAGCUAAAGAUGAUACACAGGUAUGUCAAGGUUGUAGUUAGAAGAACAGUCCUUUUCUUCCAACUGCCUAGUUUUAUCUUUGCCUCCUAUUCCACAGACAACAGCACAGCAGUAGAGCAGAAGUAUCUUAGAAAUAAUUGAAUAUUACAAGGCCACUGAAGUAUAAUAUAAUGUAUUGAUAAGCUCCCACUGCUUCUAACAGACAAAGGUCACAUCUUAUAUUAAAGGUUUGGGCUAUAAUUCAAUCAAUUUCAAAGUAGAUGAUACAUUAGAAAAACUUUCCUUUGGGAUAGUAGACAUUUUUGGUAGCUGAGAGUUUUUCAAGCCACUUUUGACUAACCUUUGACUGCAUUACUAAUGUAUUUUUGUGUGAAAGCUGGUUCAGAAAUUCCAAGGCACUCAUCAGUUUUAUCAACUAUAAAUAUACUAUACAAAACAUAAA